AUGCCCACCCAGCUGGAGAUGGCCAUGGACAGCAUGAUUCGCAUCUUCCACCGGUACUCUUGCAAGGAAGGAGACAGAUUCAAGCUCAGCAAGAGGGAGCUGAAACUGCUCCUGCAGCUCGAACUCACGGAAUUCCUCUCGUGCCAAAAGGAUCCCCAGUUGGUUGAUAAGAUAAUGCAUGACCUGGAUGCCAAUAAGGACAAUGAAGUGGAUUUUAAUGAAUUUGUGGUCAUGGUGGCAGCUCUGACCGUUGCUUGCAAUGAUUAUUUUGUAGAGCAAUUGAAAAAAAAGUGAAAGCAAAGACAGAUGGUCAGCUAAUGUAAAUGAGCUAUAUUAGUAACAUGUUAGUCAAUGUAAAAUGAGGUCGAGCCAAGAUUAUGUAAUUGGCAUUCAUCUGUAUGUACUCUCCAGAUUUAUAGGUAGAGUAAUACCAGGUAAUGAUAGACGAUACAUAUAUUCAAUUGCUAGUGUCACUAAAUGAUGUAUACCUUAAUGU